UUUGAGCAAGUUGUAGCGAGUUUUGUUUAUCACCCGGUUAACUCUUGGUUAGUUAGUUAGUUGUGUUUGUUUUAGAUAUGAGUUACGUUCUUCCUCGCGUCGAGCAGCUGUCUGCUCGUGUUGUUCGGGUUUUGGGCUGUAACCCGGGACCGAUGACACUUCAGGGAACCAACACCUACCUGGUAGGAACUGGAAAAAGACGGGUGUUGAUAGACACUGGAGAACCGGCUGUCCCUGAAUACAUCAGCAUGCUGAAACUGGCCUUGAAAAAGUUCAACACCAGCAUCCAGGAGAUCAUCCUCACACACUGGCAUCACGACCACGUAGGCGGCGUCGCCGAUAUCUGCCGGGACAUCACAGGUCCUGAGGUCCGGGUCAGUAAACUGUCUCGCUCUGAUCAGGCCCGGGAGGAAUUCGGAAGCAAGAGCCUCACUUAUUUGAAAGAUGGAGAUGUGAUCAAGACAGAAGGCGCCACGCUCAAAGUGCUUUUCACCCCAGGUCACACUGAUGACCACAUGGCCCUCCUCCUGGAAGAGGAGCUGGUGAUCUUUUCUGGAGAUUGCAUCCUGGGUGAGGGCACAGCAGUCUUUGAGGAUCUCUAUGAGUACAUGAAAUCCUUGAACAUUCUGCUGGAAUGCAGGUCUAACCUGAUCUACCCAGGUCACGGCGGCGUGGUACACGAUGCUGACUCGAAGAUCCGAGACUACAUCAGACACCGGAACCAGAGAGAGCAGCAGAUCCUAGAGGCCAUUCAGUUUGGACAAGGGACACCCUUAUCCUCCAAGGAACUUGUCAAGAUGAUCUAUAAGGAAACCCCUGAAUACCUGCACAAGGCAGCUGAGAUCAAUGUGAUCCAUCACUUAAAGAAACUGGAGAAAGAAGGAAAGAUUGGCCUGGUGGCUGAAUCCUCACAGAACAAAUGGAAGAGUUUGCUGUGAUCAGACGGUGAACAAAUGAACAGUGUGUGUUUUAGACAUUUUACAGUUUGUGUUAAUUUAAUGAUCAUUGUUUAUUUGUCAAUGCCUGAAACACUAGCACUAUAUAUAUAUAU